UCUUGUUUCAUGAACUCUGCUCUCCACCGUAGAGCUUCGCUGUUUGCCACAAAACCAGACUCAACAGGAUGUACACCAUUCAGUUUGAAAACCGUCAGUGAGUUUGCGAGUUUUUUAAUAUAUCUUUCAUCUUUAACUGGCACUUAACUGCACCUGUUCCGUCAACUAGUACUGAGCCUUAAGUCUGCCUUGAAAGAGAGACAAAAAACAUCACAAAGACAUAUUCCUCUUUCUAUAAAUAUUUGUGCAUUUUCAUAUCUGUGCCUUCCACCACACUUCGCUGCAAGUUUGACUUUAAUCUGUGCUUGCACUCCCUCCCCCAGCCUCCACCCACCUCAAACAGUUUCAGCUAACCUUUUUUUUUUUUUUUCAUGUCAUGCAUCACUCCCUGCAGCUCUUCUUCUCAUCUGCAGGCAUGCAGUGGCAUUUUUCAAACACACCCUUACUGACAUGUAAGCUAGUCCCAGUCUCAUUGCCAGUCUUUUGGUCUUUGGCGCCACAAACUUUAGGUUUAUCUCUCCCAAGCAACUCUGCAGACUGACUGAGGCUGCUCAAUUAUCACUUUGACAGGAAACCAGAAGCACUGAGAGCGAUCUGCUGAGCUUCCUGUCUAUCAAGUCAUUGCAGACGGCUGAAAGUGCAACAGAUAUAGACAUCUUGAGCUCUAAAUAGAAACGUACAGAUGGAUUGUCAGAUGAGAAGCUCCAGGUUCCCUUGAAAGUUUUUUUGACCGCACACUUCAGCUGAAACAAAGGCAUUUGAGAUUUUUUCACACUCAACUGAAGGUUUAUUUUAAAGGAAAAUGUCCGGCACUGUAGUGGCUCUUUCCCUCGUCCUGUUGGUCCUAGUUGUACUGCUGGUUUUCUUCUACAAGAAGUUGAACAAGGAGGCAAAUAACCAAUACACAGUCCAGAACAUAAUAUACAAGGAAGGUGGGGUCAGGGACCAGAUGAGGGCCACAGCACUUGCUGUGGAAACACGUCUUGGAGUCCAGGUGUGGCCUCGCGGACGUAAUGAAGAGGACGAGAUGGUGGAAAUUGAGGACGAGGAGGGAGCAGUGGAGUCUGGAGACAACCAGAGUGACGGGAGUAGCACGGAUGGAGAGGAUGAACAAGAGGAGGAUAGUGUGGACCACAGUGGUGCCACAAAGGAGAACGAAGAAGAUAACUCAGAUGCAGAGAGUUCAGAAGCAGGGGAGGAAGAUGGGCUGAUAGACAAUAAACCAGAAGAGAAUGAGGAGGUCAGGGAUAACAGUGAGGAAAAGCAGGAGAAAGAGGUAAAAGAACAAGGUAAAGCAGAAGCAAGUGGUGGAACUGGAUUGUUGAUAGACCUAAAGCAGUUCUCUGGAAGUGCUAUCUGGUCGGAGCAGAAAGGAGAUGAGAGUCAGGGCGGUGAUGUGACUGCACUGUGAAGAUGAGCAGAAUUUAUAAAGCAGGGAGGUGUGAAAAUGGGCUAUUUAUAAAUAAAAAGAUCACAAUUUCAAGUAACCCAGGGUGGAAGUCAUACAAUUUGAAAAUAAAAAUCUAUUUCAGAAAACAGUGUGAGCACAGCUUCAGCCUCCUAAUGGUACAUCUUUUAUCUUCAUGCCUUUAGUGUUGACACGUCAGAGGAAAACACAAUGGCUGAAUGGAGCUGUUAUAAAUAUGCAUUUAAAUGCUUCUUGUAAAGUUUGUGUAAAGUUUCUCAUUUUGGACUUUAAAAUAUUUUUUUAAGAAACAAAAAGAUAUAUGUCUAGCUUUUCAAUGUAAACAGGUUCAUAAUAUUUUCUCAGCUGAGUAGUGAUCAACUCUCUUUCACUAUAUGUAUUGUAAAAGAGUAACAACUACUCAGAAGAUGAAUAUUUCAUAGAAAAAUAAAGGCUUUUUGUUGCUGUAUUCUCUAGAGAGUAACUCUUUGAAACAAGGUGUCAAUAUGUCUGUGUCAUAUGCUCAUGAUGUAUAUGUUGCUACAAAACAAAAUAAACUACAAAUUUAAAUGUUUUUAUUUCAUAAUUGAAUUCUUUUAAAAUAAACUUUUCAAAAUAA